AUGAAAAAAGACUUCGUUGGGUGGAUACUAUCCACUGCCUUGUUUAGCUCUUUGGGAGCGUCAAAUACCCUUCCGUCAAACAGAAGUAUUGUUGUCGAUGAAGCCCCUGAAUUCGUCCGUCCAUACGUCCUCCCGAAAUACAAGGGCCAUGGAAUUAGGCUCACGAAGUCGGGCCAAACAAUUCGCUUCUCUAUCACUGCCAACUCGUCUGACGGCGCCUUCUCUCUUGUCCAACACAACGGCAAACCUUCAGGCUGGUUAUCAGCACGACCACACACCCACGGGGUGACACACGAGCAUCUGUACUGCUCUCGAGGUCGCUGUCAACUCUGGGGUUUGCAGAAUGUCACCGACGCCAGCCACGAGGCCCGCGUCGCUACACCAGGGGAUUACGGUAAUAUCCCUCCAGGCACUAUCCACACUUUCCAGCUGGUUGAUCCCGACUCCCAACUGACCCAUGCCUUCCACCCCGGUGGAUUCGAAAAUCUCUUUAAUGUCUUCAGCCAAGGAGACCACGAUACUCACAGCAUCAGCACGCCCUAUAUCCCCCUUACUGAUGAUUCUUCCCCAUUUGGACCUAUGACACCCAAGGAAUACAACCUCCUCGUUUCGCUAGACCUUUUCGCUGCCCCAGAGGAAGAGUAUAUCCCGAGACGUGACUUUGUAAACGGCACCGCCGGAGAUGGAGAAACCAAACAACCCUGGCACGAUGGACCCAAUACCCUACCUGAUGACUCGACAACCCCCUAUUUUAUUGCUAAGGACUACGGCCCAAAAUAUCUUAACACCGACAUCGGCUACAAGGUCAUCCAGCCUCUAACAACAGCCAAACAAACAGAGGGAAAUUUCACCAUGGGAACUAUUAUCAUGUCGCCUAAGAUGGCAAAUGAGACUAUCUCCAGGGCGAUAUUACCACAUCAUUUCGCGCUGCAGAUGGAGGAAGGACAACUUUCGUUCCAGGUACAGGGCUAUCCCAGGGUGCAUCUAUUGCAUGGUGAUGUAGCGUUCGUCCCUGCCAGUACACCGUUUUCGUACUAUGCUACUAUACCCUAUACCAAGUUUAUGUAUAUGAAUGCGGGCGGUAAAGGGCUGGAUUAUCAGUUGUUGAGCAGGAGCGUGCCGUGGGAAUUCCCGGCUUAUCCUACAUAUGCUGGCUUCAAGCCUAACGGGACUAAGAUUGGGUGA